CCGCCGUCCAUGUAGAGUAUCUUCCAUGAUCACAUGAACUUCUUGAACUUCUUGUACAAUACAAAUUACAAUAAUGCAUAAAAUGUCGAAACUCUGUUUUCUAGCAUUACUUUCCGUCACCUUCAUGCUUAUUUUCGUACUCACCACUCCAUAUUCCAAUGAUCGAUCCAGUUAUGCUGCUUAUGAGGGUGGAAUCGAUCCGAGAAAGACUAGACAGUUUAAAAAUAUAAUAGUACACUUGGACCUAAAAGGAGCACCACCACGUGUCGAAUAUCUCAUUGAAUUCUUCAAAUUACUCUCAAAACAUCAUGUGGAUGGAAUUCUUAUCGAAUAUGAAGAUAUGUUCCCAUAUUCUGGAGAUAUUGAAGAAAUUCGAAGAGAUUUACAUUAUAGUGAAAAUGAUAUUAGAAGAAUUAUUCAAGCAGCUGAAGUGCAUAAUUUAGAAGUUAUUCCUUUGAUUCAAAGUUUUGGACAUUUGGAAUUUGUACUAAAAAAGUCGAAAUUUAUGGGGCUUAGUGAGGAUUUGAUUGAUCUCAACACAAUCUGCAUAUCGGAUUCCAAAUCAAUCGAUAUUGUCAAACAAAUGAUCGAACAAAUCCGCCGGCUUCACCCGAAUUCCACACGAAUUCAUAUCGGAGCCGACGAGGCUUACCAUGUGGCAGAAGAUCAACGAUGUAUAGAGCGAAUGGAAAAAGAAUCGAUAGGGAAAUCGGAUUUAAAGCUUGAGCAUAUCGCAAAAAUUGGGAAAUUCGCCAGAGAAAAUGCAGGAUUUGAGACAGUAUUCGCGUGGAAUGAUAUGUUUGAUAAAGAAUCAGAAGAAACAAUUCGAAAAUCGAAAAUCAAUAAAUUUAUAGUUCCAGUGGUGUGGGGAUAUCGAACUGAUGUUACUGAAAAUGGAUAUUUUCCCGAUGGACUUUUUGAGCGGAUUUUUAAUGUUUUUGAUCGAUUUUAUGUGGCUAGCGCGUUUAAAGGCGCUGAUGGAGCCCGUCAACAAUUUUCGAAUAUUUCUCGAUAUCUGGAAAAUCAGAAAUCCUACGUAAAUUUGAUGGAUUUACACAAAAACGCCGCUGCUCAAAAAGUCGACGGAAUCUUUGUUACUGGCUGGAGUCGAUUCAAUCAUUUUAAUGCUCUUUGUGAGCUUCUUCCUGUCGCAAUUCCAUCACUUAUCGUUGAUUUAUUCUAUUUAAAUUAUCAGCUCACCGAAAAAGAUGCGUGGAGGGCGAUGAAAAGUAGUUUAGAAUGCGAGAAUCGACGGCAUUUACGUGGAAUUCUUGCCGAAUCGACGGUGCAUGGAUGUAAAUUCCCGGGAGCUGACGUUUUUGAAAUCAUAAUGCACGACUGGAAGCGUGCAGUUGACCGUCGAAUCUUUGGAAAACCCGAUCAACAACCAUCUCCAGACUCAGAAGCCAUUGAAAUUUUGAAAAACCUCAAAAAAUCAUUGAACCAAUCAAUAUUGUAUAAAACGGAUGCCGAUGAGGUCUUCAAUCAGUAUUUACAUGAUUAUCACUCAUUAAUUGCUCAGAAUACUCGAACAGAGAUUACUAAUUGAAUUAAAAAUUUUGUAUUUGUUGUCCCACCCACGUGAUGUCAGAGUGUGUGUCUCAUUUCGGCUUGAUCUACGUUGAUCUACAAAAAAUGCGGCAAAGUUCUCAACUGAUUUUUGGACAAAAAAAUCCCGCAUUUUUUGUAGAUCAAACCGUAAUGGGACAGCCUAAAUUUUGGCGGGUUAAAAAAUUGCAUUAUUUCCAAAAAAAUUUAAUAAUAAACGAGGUGUUUU